GCCUCCAUCUUCCUCUCGUUUCAACAACGCCUCAUCUCAAUUCUCUUCAUCAACACCAACUGAAAAGAGGACAUUUAUCAACAAAAUCCACCAAUAACAUCAACGCUUCUCUAUUAUCUUCAUCAAGACCAACUGAAAACGAAGAUUUAUCAACAGCAUCAGUUCGUGAAGUCUGAAUCGAUGAAGAAUAGACGAUCAGGAGCAUCAACAAUAAUCAAGAUUAAUUUUAUGUUGUCUAAAUCAAUUGGUGAUUGCAUAGAAACUUAGAUUACGUCUCUUCUUUGGUAUGUUGAUGGCUGCACAAUCGGUGAAUCCCUAAAAUUGACAUUUUUGGGAGUACAUGAUGAACCAGUUGAGGAUGUUAUGGUCACUCGAGGACAAUAACAACUCUUUUCCAUCCAACAAAAUUUGGUUGAACUUUUUUUCAGCAAGUUUGACUUUAAAUACACUGUCAUUCUUCAAGUAGGUCGUUAUCUUGAUACCAAGCAUGAUCUGAAAUCUCAAGGUGAAGAUGCAAGGCUUAUGUUUCCCUUCCAAUCAUUUGUGUCCUUCAAUGUGGCCAUUCAUUGUAGAGAAAACGAGCCUUAAUCCCCGAGCAGAAAGGAAAAAUUGCGGAAGAUCAUCAAGAUGGGAAGGCUAUUUCAGCUCAAACAAGCCAAUGAAACAGAUCAGCGUUCUGAGGAUGACCUUAGCGAAGCUUUGGGUACAUAUGGUCUGGUCACUAAAGAAUGAGAGACAGGAAGCUGAGAAUAUGUUCUCUUCAAAACAAGCCGAGGAGGAGGCUAAGAAAGAAUCCACCCAGACAUUUAUAUCAGGAGAAGUCCCUGAUGUUAUUGAGACUUCAGAGAACGAUAAGGUUGCUAAAUCCGUUGCUCCAACGCCUGAGCAAAUUAUAGCUAUUAAGGCUGCAAUUGUGAACUCUCAGACUCUAGAAAAUGUUGCAAGCUUUGUAGAUGGGGAAAAACGAUUUGCUGGUUUUUACGGAAUUAAGGAGACGACCGUACGAAGGAGACUCCUUGAACCGAGCGAAAUGUUCAACCUCACACAGAUGCACUGCAAGAAGUGGGCGCUUUGAAUUCGGUAGAUCAAUCUGUAGUACUCUGUCCUAAACCAAGACAAUGGCCGUUCCAGAGUAAAUUCGAUCACAAGAGAGGAUGGGUCGAUCUGUAGGAGGGAAGCUGAGAAAUGUGCGGAAUUAAUGGUAAUCAAAGAUUGUAGGUGUGUUAUGUAUUAUGAAUAAGAUAAGUUCUGAAUAAUUGAAUCUCUGUUGAGGGUGAUUACUCAAAUGUUGAGUUGCUAAUCUCGUGUUGUCUGUUUGACGUGAGAUUCUUGUAUAUCCAAUCAUGAUUCAGAGACUUAUUUAUAUUGCUGGAA